AUGCCACUACAGUUGCUACUCCUGUUGCAAUUGAUCCUGCUGCUGCCUGUCGCUUCAAUUGGAGCUCGAGAAUUGCAAGAAGCCCGAUGUACGGUUUGUCCUGAUGGUUCUCCCAUUUCAAAUCCGACUGGAGAGCUGCAUGUCCCAGGUUUUGGAGUUCAAUCCUGUGCUGUCAUUUCGGGAUUGGUGGGAACGCUGUAUCCUUUGGAAGAUCCCAACUGCCAAUUGCUACAUUCAGUAUCGACAGCGUGCGGUUGUCCCUCGCAAGCGACUAACCCCUGUCAGCUCUGCGGCGAUGGCAACCAAGUACCAGAGUCAAAACAAGAGCUUCCGCUUUCUUAUUUGGACGAGAGCGUCAACUACGAAGGCGUGAACUGUAAACUGCUGCAAACCUAUUUCAAUUCGUCCAUCGAAUCAGACGAUCUAACAUGCCAAUUGAGUCAGGCUUGGACCAAGGAGUAUUGUUGCAGCGCUGAUGAAUGGGUUCCUCCUUCUAAUCCCUGCCCCAUUUGCGUGCAGAGUCCUAAUGCUACCAUCGAAUUAGGAGAAUCACUGACCUGCGAACAAGUUCAGGAAGCGGCAGCGACAUUGUGGGAAGAAUCGGAUCCGAAUUGCGCCCAAGUGCAAAGUGUCACUGGGCCCGUGUGUGGAUGUAACGAUAGUGGAGGAUCCUCCGCUGGCGAAGAUAUUCCCAUGUGCACUCUGUGCAAAGAUGCGAGCAGCGUCACGACGCCCGACAAACUAGUUCCCUUCAUGGCGGAUCGGUUCUUUGGAAUUGAACCCACCUGUCAGCAAUUGGAAGCAGCGACAAGUGCCUUGGCGAUGGACUCUCAAGACUGUGCAGAUGCCCAAUUGAUUGGCAGCUAUUGUGGAUGUCCUUCUGUAGAGAAUGGCUGUGUUUUUUGUCCAAAGGCCGGAGAAGCCAUUACCACUCCGACUCGCAAGCACAGCAAUACGCUGAAACGCUAUGGUCAAGAUGUAACCUGCGAGCAAGUGGAAGCUGUGUUGCUACAGUUCUCACAAGAUUCCGAAGAAUGUUUCUUGGGGCAGGAGCACAACUGGGAGUGUGGUUGUAACGAUGGGUUCUAUGGAUACCUGGGGGCCGAAUCGAGAUCCGAUAUUCUAGCGUUACACUGGGCCGCGCGAGUAUCUGGUAUUCUGUCUUUGAUGGGUUCCCUCUUUAUAUUCCAAGACUUUAUCCGUGGCAAGAGCAAGAAGAAUUUGUAUCGACAAAUCAUGUUUUUGAUGUCAAUGUUUGAUUUCACCACCGCCAUGGGAUGGGUGAUUGGUGCUGCACCCGUACCGACAACUGAUCUGAAUGGAUUUGAUUCCAACGUUGUGGGUGCUUCCGGCAACGACGGUCUCUGCACAGCACAAGGAUUUUUUGUCAUGCUUGGAUAUGGGAGUGGAUUCUUCAACAACUCAUUGUCGAUAUAUUACGUCUUGGUGGUUGUCCAUGGUUGGAAAGAAUAUCAAUUGAAAAAGGCUCGCCCAUACUUGUUAAUAGUGCCAGUUAUCUGCGCUAUGGUUUUGGCGUUUGGUGGCAUUCCGUUCUACGAUUCGGUCUGGGUAGGGUGCUGGCUGUUGCCAAGGCCGUACACAGACGAUUGGAGUGCCUUUGGAUUCUCCUUUGGCCCCGUUAUCACGACGGCUAUUAUUUCCACUGCCUGUAAUAUUCGAGUCUACUGGAGUGUACGAGCAACCGUGCGCAAGGGACAGCAGUGGAGUAUGGACCACCGGCUUAAGCAACGUUCCGGAAAAGAUAAGUAUACCUACGAUGCACCAUCGACUAGCGCUAGCCAAUUUAAUAUGCCAACGACGCAAGAGCAUCCGCAAGAGGAAGAAGAAGCAAAGAAGAAACACUUCAGCUGCGAUUGCCUCAAGAACAGCCCAUUGUUACAGGACAAUGCUGAAGCUACAGUCUUUUGGCAGUCCGCAUUCUAUCUCUUUAGCUACUAUUUAUGUUGGCCCAUUCUGUUGGCUGGUGUCAUGAUGGCUGACUCUCAAGACUUUGGAUUUUGGAUGGCACUGUCGAUAUUGGCACCGCUACAAGGAUGGUUCAAUAUGUUGGUGUAUACUCGACCCAGAUUCAGCAAGUGGCGUCGAAUGAAAAAGAUGGAGAAAGCAAGGAAACGCAAAUUAUUGGAAAAACAGCAAAAGGCCAAGAUUUCCCAACGAGCUGCCAUGAAUGAUGAUAGAGGAGGCACGGUGGCAGUGUCGCAGUCAUAUCGACACGGCCAAGACUCGACUGCCAGUGUCACUUUGGCAACCCCCGAAGAAGAAAAGCCAGUGUCAGUAGAAGCCAAGGGUGGCGGGAUAGAAGAAGGUACAUCUAACAAUGAAAAGGCGAAGACAUUGGAUGGCCCCGCUGUGCCAGAAGGUAGCGCUUGGGGUCUUGCCAUGAGUGAACAGACAGACGGCGGGGAUCCGGAUGGAUAUUCCAAACAGUUUGAUUGUCUAUCAUAG